UGCUGCUGUGGUGGCGGCCGCGGGGCCGAGGCGGGUGGGAGCCGACGCCGAGCGCGGGCUGAGGGAAGAGGGCGGCGACUGGCGAGCGGCGCGGGACGCGGAGCCUCUUGCACUUUUUCCUCCCGAGUGCCCCCUCCCACCCCUCCCACUCCACACACACCCUGUUUGCCCGUGAGCCUGGGGAACUUGCAGCUCAAAGCCAGCCACCCCCACGGCAACAUGUACCCCAGCAACAAGAAGAAAAAGGUGUGGAGAGAGGAGAAAGAACGUUUACUGAAGAUGACCUUAGAGGAGAGACGCAAAGAAUACAUAAGGGACUAUGUUCCCCUGAACACCAUCCUAUCGUGGAAGGAGGAGAUGAAGGGCAAGAGCCAAAAUGAUGAAGAAAAUACUCAGGAAACUUCACAGGUGAAGAAAAGUUUGAGUGGAAAAGUUUCUCUCUAUAGAGGUGACAUCACAUUGCUAGAGGUAGAUGCUAUAGUCAAUGCGGCAAAUGCCAGUCUUCUUGGAGGAGGAGGUGUGGAUGGCUGUAUUCACAGAGCAGCUGGCCCCUGUUUACUGGCUGAAUGUCGUAACCUGAACGGCUGUGAAACUGGACAUGCAAAAAUCACAUGUGGCUAUGACCUGCCUGCAAAAUAUGUCAUCCAUACUGUAGGACCAAUAGCCAGAGGCCAUAUUAAUGGUUCCCACAAGGAAGACCUCGCAAAUUGCUAUAAAUCAUCUCUGAAGCUGAUGAAAGAAAAUAACAUCCGAUCAGUUGCAUUUCCCUGCAUCUCAACCGGCAUUUAUGGUUUCCCAAAUGAACCUGCUUCUGUCAUUGCCCUCAGCACCAUUAAGGAAUGGCUGGCCACGAAUCAUCACGAGGUGGAUCGGAUCAUCUUCUGUGUCUUCUUAGAAGUUGACUUCAAAAUCUACAAAAAAAAAAUGAGCGAGUUUUUCCCUGCAGAUGAUAAUAAUGAAGAAGAAGGUGUUGACAUGAAAGAAGACUCAGAGGGGUUAGAGCCAAAAGGCCUAUCUCCACCCCAUAAGAAGAGCAAAGCAAAGAAGCCAGAAUGUUCCAAAGACUCCAGUGAAGAUGAGAAUGGUCCAGAGGAAAAACAAAGUACAGAAGAAACAGAAGGGCAGAGUCAAGAAACAGAUGGAGUCAAUGCUGCAACUGGGCCCAGCCCUGCUUCGGAAGAGGCUGUUGAAGUCUGUAAAGAUGAAGAUUCUGCAAAGGACAAGAAUAUCACAGAAGACAAUGAAGUAACAGAUCAUUCUGGAUGUGACCAAGAUCAUCCUAAUGGACAAGAGCAUGAUUCAACAAAGAAUGAAAUAAAAAUUGAGGCCGACUCCCAGAGCUCAUAUAUGGAAACAGAAGAGCUUUCGCCAAACCAAGAAGAUGCCACGACUGUGGAGCAACCAGAAGUGAUCCCGCUAACAGAUGACCAAGAAGACAAAGAAGGUGAAAAAGCUCAAGGCGAGGACACACCUAGAGUUCCUGUGCAAAGCGAAGGCUCUGGCUAUGCAGAAAACUCUCCAAGUCUUGAUGUUGAAAUGAAUAGUCAGGUUGACAGUGUAAAUGACCCAACAGAGAGUCAGCCAGAAGAUUAACUAAUAGGGGCACAAGAUGAAGCAAAGGAAUAAAGAAAUGGAAGUAAAUCACAGUCCUCAGCAUUGCAGGCCUCUCCUGGCCCUGGGGUGGGGUGGGUAUAGGAAGACAGUAGUGCAAGCUGUGGAGGAGGGGGGUGUGGGGGGGCAAGUUCCAC